AAAAUUUAAUUAUGGUUAAUCAAGAUAAAAAUAUAAAUAAAAUGAUGUGCACCACCUGGAUGAGAAAAAAAAUGUCAUUCAUCAAAUCCCAUAAUGAAAUUUAAUGGACCUUUUUCCAAACUUUGUUGCAGGAUGGGGCGGUGGCAUUCUUGGACUUCUUGUAGGCCACCCAAUGGAUACGAUUAAAACGAAACAACAAAUGAGUUUGACUCGACCACUAACUACAAGAGAAGCUAUAAGAAUUAUAAUCAAAGAAGACGGAUUAAAAGGACUUUACAAAGGGAUGCUUUUUCCGCUUUUAUGUUCUGGGACACUAAAUUCCGCGUUCUUCGGAAUUUACGCAAUCUGUUUAAGUUCUCUACAAUCUUCACGGGGCCACAGCCCAACUUACGUCCUUCCCACAAAUUCAGGAUAUUAUUACGAUAAUUUUAUAGCUGGAUGUGCUGGAGGGGUUGCUCAAGCCUUAAUUUCGUGUCCCAGUGAACUUAUCAAAAUCAGAAUGCAAAUUGGGAAAGGUAUUUUCAAGAACAACAUAAACUCAAAUAAAAUGAUUCAAAUAAAAAAACCUAGUACGUACUACACAGCCAAGGACGUGUAUAAAAAAUAUGGAAUUCAUGGCUUCUUCAUAGGAGGUGCACCUACAUUUUACAGGGAUAUUAUCGCCAAUGGAUUUUACAUCGUGACAUAUCAGUACUUUCGCUACAAUUUACACGGUCAGCUAGAUUUGAAUCCAAGAACUUUCGAAAUUCUCGUAGCAGGUGGGAUAGCAGGUAUUUGUUCCUGGUUGCCAGUGAUUCCCUUCGACACGCUAAAGUCCAGAAUACAAGCAGACGAUUUCAAGAAUCGAAAAUAUAAAGGAAUGAUGGAUUGUGGAAUACACUUAUAUCGAAAAGAAGGUCUUCAUGGUUUCUUUAAAGGCUCAGCCAUGAUUACAUUGCGUUCUAUUCCCGUCAAUGCAGCUAUUUUUUAUGGCUAUCAUUCGAUUUUGUGGGUUCUAGUUCCCAACGCUCACUACUAGGGUCCCAAUAUUUACAAAUUAGUUCUGAAUUAAUUAAUUAAUUUAAUUAGCCCUGAAUCAAAGGAAUAAUGUAUGUUUAACCCUUAAAGUGCACACUUCCGUAAAAUUACAUAAAGAGCAUACUGGGUGUUUAGUACCCAAGGGUAUUGAAACGUGUGCUGUGCCAACGGUAGUGGAUAGUUUAUUACAAGAAAAUCAAUUAAUGAUGUUUAAUCUA